AUGGUUAAAUUGGGACUCUACUUGAAAGCUGAUCUCGAGAAUGUGACCAAUCUGAAGCCCAUGGAAGGUUUCGAAUGGUAUUUCAAGAUUCAAUGUGGUAGCUGCCGUGAGACUGACGAGAAUUGGAUUUCAUUCAACCCUGAAGAUACCGUUGACAUGUCUGGAUCACGUGGUACUGCCAACCUUGUAAUGCGAUGCAAAUUUUGCAAACGAGAGUCGAGCGCACAAUUUGACACCAGUGUCCCGAUCCAAGCUUACAGUGCUGAACAAAAUCGCAAGCUUCAAAAGAUCGCUGUAUUUGAUUGUCGUGGUCUUGAAUUGGUUGACUUUGCUCCCAAGGGCCCUUGGAGUGCAGAAGGCACUGAAACGGGUACUCCAUUCGAGGACAUUGAUUUCGAAGAGGGUGAUUGGGCUGAUUAUGAUGAAAAGUCUGAGGAACCAGUUGGUAUCAAUGAAAUAGAAGUCGAGUUCAAAAAGGAAAAGUAA